CCCUCAUUGCGCAGGUGCCACCCCUCACGCAUAUGCAUAUUCAGAGUCUUUCAUCACCCACGUUUCCUCUCCUGCCCACAUCAUACCCUUUGCUUUUUGUACCACGUGGGGGAGCGAAAGUAGCAGUACGGUUUUGAGAUUUGGAAGCUUAAGAGUCUCCCCUCUUCCCCACUCUCCUUCAUCUUCUGCCAUAGCCGCUUGCUCCUCUUGAAUCUGUCUCUUGGCUUGAUCAAACUAUUCUUCUGGCUCCUUCCUGCCAGUCAUGUCCUCCAGAAAAUAAGCUCUUGAACCGUUUAAGCCGCUGCUGCUGCUGCCGCCACCACCCAGCAUGCCUGGCCUACACCUUCCAGUCUACUUUUGGGCACUGCUGAUCAGCUUGGCUCUUCAAGGUCCAUCACCAUCGCUGGGAGACAAUAUUGACAUCUCUCCAGUAGCCCUGUUCUCCUCCAAUGUCAGCAAGCAGUUUGGAUAUCAGGUCCUGCAGUUUGGAGAAGGCCCUGACACUAGGAUCAUUGUGGGAGCCCCCGGUGAGCAGAACUCCACAGGCAAAGUAUACCAAUGUAACAUGCAGAGCGACACAUGUGAAAACGUCCCGCUUGACGGGGGCUCCGGGGUGUCCCACCUUGGCAUGACCCUGGCAAGUGACGUUCGAGGGUCGAAGAUGAUUGCAUGUGGGCCGGGACUUGCAGAGCAUUGUGACAAAAAUCUUUACCUGAGCGGGAUCUGCUAUUUGUUUGAUGCCAAACUGCGCAACCCAGAGAGCAUAAAGACCGGAUACCAAAAGUGCUUGAAAGGGAAUGUGGACCUGGUGUUUCUCUUUGACGGGUCAGAAAGCAUGAAAAAUAGGGAUUUCAGCAACAUUACGGAAUUUAUGAUUGGCGUGAUGGACGGACUACACAACAGCACUGUACAUUUUGCUGCUGUGCAGUUUUCGAGCUCACCCAAAAUUGAGUUUGAUUUCAAUGAUUAUACAAGAAAUCCCAACCCUCGAGCACUCUUGAAAGGAGUGACACAUAUGAAAGGCAUUACGAACACCUUCAAGGCCAUCAGAUGUGUGGUGGAUCAAGUUUUCAUUCCCGAGCGCGGCAUGCGGAAAGGAUCAAACAAAGUGAUCAUCAUCAUCACCGAUGGAGUUGCCUCAGAUAGUGACAAUGGGGUCAUAGCCUCUGCCAAGAAAAAGGGCAUCUUACGCCUUGCCAUUGGGAUUGGGCAUUAUUUUAACACCGAAGAAGCUCAGGAUAACCUCCGGGAAAUUGCCUCAGAACCCACAGACCAGUUUGUGAAGGUGCUGGCCACUUUUGAGGAGCUCAGAGGCAGUUUCAACGACCUCCAGUCUAAGAUCUAUGCGAUUGAAGGUACCAGUGAUACUGGCUCGUUCCACCUGGAGUUGUCAUCGAGUGGACUCAGUGCUGACAUAUCCCAGGGCCGGGUGGUCUUGGGUGCUGUGGGUGCUGACAACUGGGCAGGGGGCCUGCUAGAACAGCAGAAGGGUUUGGCCAGUGAAAAGUUCAUCACAACUCCCUCAGUCAGGAAGGAGAUGGAAGGCGCCUACUUGGGGUAUGCACUGAAAUUUCUACAGCAUCAACAGAGGGAGCUCUAUGCUGCUGGUGCCCCUCGAUAUCAACAUGUGGGAAGAGUCCUCAUAUUUGAGGUCAACUCCAGCACAACCAAUUGGACAUUAAAGCAGGACAUUCCAGGGCAGCAGAUCGGAUCAUAUUUUGGGGCAGCGCUCUGCUCUGUGGACGUAGAUGGCGAUAAGGAAACAGACCUCCUCCUUGUUGGAGCCCCUCAGUAUUUCACAGAGAUGAGAGGGGGCCGGGUUUACGUGUACACCUGGAAGCAGGGUACACUUGUUUGCCAGGGGGAGCUGACUGGGGAUCCAGGAUACCGCUUGGGCAGGUUUGGAGCUGCCAUCACAGACCUGUCAGAUAUCAGUGGGGAUGGACUGAUGGAUGUGGCCGUUGGAGCCCCCUCGGAAGAUGAAGAGAGAGGAGCUGUCUACAUCUACUACGGACACGAGAAGACCCUGCAGAUGCAGUACAGCCAGAGAAUUUCAGGAGCCAGAAUUUCUCCUGGCUUGGUCUUCUUUGGACAGUCUAUCCAUGGAAAGAGGGACCUCAAUGGAGAUGGCCUCACCGACAUUGCAGUGGGAGCUCUGGGGAAGGUUGUGGUGCUUCGCUCCAGACCCAUCAUUACCGUGGUGACAAAGGUGCACUCCUCACCCAAGGAAAUCCCACGGGAAGAUGUGGAGUGUCUGGGUGAUGCCAGCACCUGGAAGAAUCUGGUGGUCGACCUCAGCAUCUGCUUCAGCACUAGCUUGGCCACCAAGCACUACCAAGGACCCCUCUCUCCCAAGCUCUCCUUCCGCUUCGAGAUCGACCGGAACAGGAUGAGGCACCGAGGAGUGUUUAAGAAUGGCACGAAAGUCACAGAUGGGGUGAAGGAACUCUCUCUGGGAGAAGUGUGCAUACAGGAGAGCAUUCUCUUCAAGAGCUGCAUUGAGGAUUACAUAUCGCCUAUCAAGCUCUUUAUGAACUUCUCUCUUGGGCGUGACAACAACCCUAGCAAUGGACACCCUAGACCUGUUCUGAGCCCCCUAAGUAAUGCAGUGACAGUGGAGAUUCCUUUUGACAAGCACUGCGGGGAAGAUCAGGUGUGUCAUGCUGACCUGAAACUCUCCUUUCACAAUUCAGGGUCUCAAGAGCUGGUUGUCUUCCCUGGAAGAGACUUGGACAUGAGCUUGGAGCUGGAGAACCGCAAAGAGGAUGCCUACUCUGUGACCCUCCACGUGCCUCACAUACCAGGCCUCUCCUUUCGCAAAGCUUGGGUGUCCAACACUCUGCUUGUCAUGAGCUGCGAUGGACUACUGGAUAGCCAGCACCUCAAAGGUCUCUCUUGCAACAUCAGCCAUCCUGUCUUCAAGAGCAAUACUAAGGCUUUAAUUCAGCUCAGGUUUAGCAUCCUCAGCAACAGCUCCUGGGGAGAUUACUUGGAGAUGAAGGCAAAUGUCACAAGCGACAACAACGUGAAUGAGACUCUUGACACCGGGGCCAGUCACACCAUCCCGGUCCUGUACCCCAUCAACAUCAUUGUCAAGGAGUCAGAAACAUCCAGCCACUAUGUGAACUUCACUUCCCAACGUCAAGAAAAUAAGACGGUGACACACUCGUAUGAACUAACAAACCGGCCCUUGGGUACUUUCGCACCUCCUGCACUGUCAGUGAUCGUGAAGGUGCCGACCGCCUUACCUGCCGGGCUGACCUGGCAGGUGGAUAACAUCCGAACAGUACCCCCUGCAGUGUGCCAACCCAUGGAAACGGAGAGUAGCACAAAGGUCCAAGUCAAGUUGACUGAGCAAUGUGCAACUGGCACUUAUCUCACCUACAAGUGUGAUCUAGGACAGAUCAAUUCCUCCAUAAUCCAUAUUACUGGGUUGAUGUAUACCCAAAGCAAAAUUGAGAAGACAUCUCAGUUCAAGUUUUGCACAGCCUUGUGGUUUACGUUUGAUACUACAAGAUACACAAAUUUCUACCCGACUGAAUUUGCCCAAUUUCAGGUUGCUGAGGUGGAGAUGAUUCAUGUGAUGAACUAUCUCCCUGUUAUAAUAGGCAGUGCUGUCGGAGGCUUGUUCUUGCUAAUUCUCAUCAUUGUCUCACUUUACAAGUGUGGAUUCUUCAAACGUAAUUAUAAAGAGAUGAUGGACCUUCAAGAAAAUAAUAAUGCAGUAGAUUUAGAAGACAAUCCGGGAGGUGAUGCAGAGAAAGAAGCCAAAUCAGACAGCAGUGAAGGGGGCGACAGUGAAAAAGAAGCCAAAGAAAAAACAGACCUGUUGAAUGGAGAAGCUGAUACCAAAUGAAUAGAUCAUUCUCAUCCCCACAAAUUGCAGUCAAAUGUACAUGUCUAAAUGUACAGGGAAGGAAAGAGUGACUUGUCUGUUGCCAACAAGAACUUAUACUCACCUUCUUAAAAUUUGCAUAUGUGUUUUUUGGGUGUGUUGGCAUCCAUGACAAUGGAGUUCACCACCAGGGGAUGAAGUCAAACUGUUUGCAAAGGUCCUGUUUUGGGAAAUAGAGCUGUGUCUCCUUGGAAUGAUACUCGUCAUCAUCUGUAUGCAUUGGGGCUUCUGAUCACAGGUGUAUAUGAUGAAGUGGACAGAGAAAAGGAGUUGAAAGCAGGAAUUGCAUUAUUGUACUUCCCUAAUGCCCCUUAAUGAAAUGGGACAGACACUGGCCUUUUCCAGACUUUUAGAGACUCUAUGAAGUGGCAAUUACAAAUCAACUUAGUUUUUCUUCCGUUUUUAGAUGUAAUGUAUACCUAUGCUUGUUUACUCAGAAGUAAAUCCCACUGUGUUUCGUGGCUCUUAUUCCCAAGUAAGUAUACACAGGAUUGCAGCCAAAGGUUUUAAGAAGUCCAGUAAGUCAGAAUAAAUGAUGGAUUGUUUAUGUGGCACCUAAUUCCUUCAACCUCUGUGAUACUCUAGGUUUGCCAACAGGUUACUUUUGUACUCACAUUACCAAUUUUGACAAAUUGUGUUUAAAUGAAAACUAUUAGUCAUUUAUCUUCCUCCCUUUUCCUCCUUAAGUUAUUCACCACAUCUUCCUAUAUUGCAAGAUACAACCCAAAGGGCCUUUUAAAAAACCUUAACAACUUUUAACAAUGUAAUCAUGUCUGCCACAGUGUAACUAUUUUUAGAAGAUCUAUACAGCAAAAGGCAGUGUGGAAAGAUGAAAUUCAACUACCGGUAAGUUAGUUAGGCAGCUUUAAAGUAAAUGGGCUGGAAUACAAAGCUGUCAGAGAUCCUCUUUUUAAAAAAUAUUUUUAUUAAACAUUUUCUUGGUUUACAAAA